GAAGUUGAGGAGUCCGAUGCUCAGAAUAUCUGCCCCUUCUGAAGAACAGCAGAAAAUGACCACAUCUCAGGGAUUUGUGUCAUUCAAGGAUGUGACUGUGGACUUCACUUGGGAGGAGUGGCAGCAGCUGGACUCCGCACAAAGAAACCUAUACAGGGAUGUGAUGCUGGAGAAUUAUAGCAACCUUGUUUCAGUGGGUUAUCAGUCUCUGAAGUCAGAUGUAAUCUUCUUGUUGAAGCAAGCAAAACCAUGGAUGGAAGAGGAAAGAAUCUCAAGUUGGGCCUAUGCAGACUUUGAAAUUAGACCCGAAAUUAAAGAAUUAACUUCAAAAAAGAGCAUUUCUGAAGAAGUGAUACUCCAUAACAUGAUAGUAUACUCAAUUUUUGAAGACUGGAAACUUGAAGAUGAGCUAAAUCACCAGGAAAACCAAGACAAGCUUUUGAACCGAGUUGCAUUCGAUAACAGUAAGUUGCUGACUGAGGAGAUAGACCAUGAGUGUAAUGCACUGGGGAAGGUAGUUCCUCUGAACAGAACAUCUAGUGAACACAUGAGAACCUUUAUGCAGAAGUCACACCUCUUUGUACAACCAAAAAUUACCAGCAAGAAACCAUAUAAAUGUAUGCAGUGUGGGAAAGCCUUCAGUGGAAAGUCAGGACUCAUUGUACAUCAAAGAAUUCAUACUGGGGAGAAACCAUACAAAUGUAAUGAAUGUGAAAAAGCCUUUAUUCAGAAGUCACAACUCACUGUACAUCAGAGAACUCAUACAGGAGAGAAACCCUAUGAAUGUAAUGAAUGUGGGAAAGCAUUCAUUCAGAAGUCAAACUUCAUUAUUCAUCAGAGGAUUCACACAGGGGAAAAACCCUAUGAAUGCAAUGAAUGUGGGAAAUCUUUCAUUAAGAAGUCAACACUUAGUGUGCAUCAAAGAGCUCAUUCUGGAGAGAAACCAUAUGAAUGCAAUGAGUGUGGAAAAGGCUUCAUCUGGCGUUCUCAGCUUGUUGUACAUCAGAGAAUUCAUACUGGGGAGAAACCCCAUGUGUGUAAUGAGUGUGGAAAAGCCUUCAACAGGAAGGCAGAACUAAUUGUACAUCAGAGAAUACAUUCCGGAGAAAAACCCUAUAAAUGCAGUGAUUGUAGAAAAGCCUUCAGCAAGAAAUCUACUCUCAUUGUUCAUCAGAGAAUUCAUACAGGAAAGAAAUCUUAUCAGUGUACUGAAUGUGGGAAAGUCUACACUUGUAUUGUAUCCCUUACCCAGCAUCAGAAAACACAUAUUGGAGAAAAACCUUAUGAAUGUAAAAUAUGUGGUAAAUCCUUCAGCCGGAACACUAAUCUUAUUCAACAUCAAAGAGUACAUACUGGAGAGAAACCUUAUGAAUGUAGUGAAUGUGGUAAAACUUUUAGUCAGAGCACUAAUCUCAUUCAACAUCAGAGAGUCCAUACAGGGGAGAAACCUUAUGAGUGUAAUGAAUGUGAAAAAGCCUUUAGUCAUAGGUCAUCCCUUAGAAAUCAUGAGAGAAUUCAUACUGGAGAAAAACCCUAUCCUUGUAAUGAAUGUGGAAGAGCUUUUAGCCAUAUUUCAGCCCUUACACAACAUCAUAGAAUUCAUACCGGAAAGAAACCAUAUGAAUGUAUUGAAUGUGGGAAAACCUUCAGCCGCAGCACACAUCUUAUUGAACAUCAAGGAAUUCAUUCUGGAGAGAAAUCCUACCAGUGUAAAGAAUGUCGGAAAAUUUUUUGCCACAGCACAUCACUAAUCCGGCAUCAGAGAACUCACACAGGAGAGAAACCUUAUGAAUGUAAUGAAUGUGGGAAAGCAUUCAGCCAUACCCCAGCCUUUAUUCAACAUCAGAGAAUUCAUACUGGAGAGAAACCCUAUGAGUGUAAUGAAUGUGGAAAGGCCUUCAAUCGGAGCGCACACCUUACUGAACACCAGAGAAUUCAUACUGGGGAGAAACCCUAUGUUUGCAAAGAAUGUGGAAAAACCUUCAGCCGAAGUACACAUCUUACUGAACACUUAAAAAUUCAUAGUGGUGAGAAACCCUAUCGAUGUAAUGAAUGUCAGAAACUAUUUUGCUAUAGAGCAUCACUAAUACGACAUCAGAGGACUCAUACAGGAGAGAAACCCUACCAAUGUAAUGAAUGUGGGAAAUCUUUCAGCUUAAGCUCAACCCUUACUAAACAUAAGCAAACACAUACGGGAAAGAAACCAUAUCAGUGUAAUAAAUGUGGAGAUGUUUUUUGUCAUAGUACAUCUUUAAUUAGACAUCUGAGAACUCAUUUCAGAAAUGAAAUCCUAACAGAGUAAUGAGUGUGGUAAAGCCUGCAGCCAUAGGUUAUCACUUACACCUGAGCACUCACAGUGGCAAGAAACUCUAGAAUUGUUAUGCAAGAAAAAUUUAGGGC